UUAUCGGAAAUCAAUCCGUUUGGUCAUAGAUUGGGGCCUGUUUCGACUAGAUUGAUUGAUGCUGCUCGAAAUCUUGAUAAUAAUAUAAGCAAUAGGCUACGUUCACUGUUAGAACAGAAUGGUCGACUCGAAGAUAUCCAUGAGGAAAAAAAAAUGAUGCGCUUUAAAACAGAAGAUGAAAAACUAGGAAAAGCGGCUGUUGAAAAUAUCAAGUAUGCAUAUUGUAACAUAAAAUCAGUAUUACCAUCAAUUUUGGGAGUAACUUCGGAAGAAUAUGACGAAAUGAUCAAUGUAUUUGGCAAAGAGUUAAAAGAUAAUGAUAGCUAUCUCGACCUUACCCGUGUUUAUGGAC